GCUCCUCUCAGGAUGAAGGUGGUUGUGGGCCCAGACCCAUCCCUGGUCUACCGGCCUGAUAUGGAUCCAGAGACAGCCAAAGACAAGGGCAGCUUCCAAAACUACACCUCCAGCCCGCUCCUGGACCGUGUCUGCGCCACCUACAAGCUCAUGCAUACAUGGCAGACUGUGGGCUUUGUCAGGAAGAAGCACGCCCAGUUUGGGGGCUUCUCCUACAAGAAAAUGACUAUCUUGGCUGUGGACAUGCUGGACAGGCUAGUGGAUGAGUCGGACCCAGACGUGGACUUCCCCAACUCCUUCCAUGCCUUCCAGACGGCUGAGGGCAUCCGGAAGGCCCACCCUGACAAAGACUGGUUCCACCUCGUCAGGCUCCUGCAUGACCUGGGGAAGGUCCUGGUUCUGGCGGGGGACCCCCAGUGCGCGGUCGUUGGAGACACCUUCCCAGUUGGCUGCCGUCCCCAGGCCUCUGUGGUUUUCCGUGACUCCACCUUCCAGGACAACCCCGACCUCCAGGAUCCUCGAUACAGCACAGAGCUCGGCACGUACCAACCCCAUUGCGGACUCCAGAACGUACUCAUUUCCUGGGGCCAUGACGAGUACACGUACCAGGUGAUGAAGUUCAACAAAUUCUCCCUCCCCCUGGAGGCCUUCUACAUGGUCCGGUUCCACUCUUUCUACCCGUGGCACACGGGGGGCGACUACCGGCAGCUGUGCAACGAGCAGGACCUGGCCACGCUGCCCUGGGUGCAGGAGUUCAACAAGUUUGACCUCUACACCAAGUGUCCCGACCUGCCGGACGUGGACAAGCUGCGGCCCUACUACCAGGGGCUCAUCGACAAGUACUGUCCGGGCAUCCUGAGCUGGUGA